UACUAAUAAAAACAAAUAACGAGUUAUUACAGACGAUAGCACAAUACGUAUUCUACUGUAAUGAAGAUUGUCAGACACUUUUGUUUUUUUCUUUCCUUUGGGUUCAUGUCAGUUAAUGGGGAAUCAAACAGAUUUGUAUUUAAAAUUAAAUCUAGAUUCCAUGAAUUCGAAAAACGUCUGAGUGUGUACAACUUUACGGAUAUGCUGAAGAUAACUCCAAACGUAUUCAGUUUUAAAUAUGACGGUUUUGAAAGUCGAAAAAAGACAGAACAAGUGUUAACAGAAGUGAAGAGAGAUCUUGCAGAUGCAAUAGUUGAGAUCGAGCAAGCUAAAGUAUUAACUAUCGGACAAAAUUGGAUCCUCGCUGAUGAAAAACGAGAAGGGGGUGAAGAUGUUGUUGGUGAUGAUGUCAAUUCAGAAUUAGCUUAUGAUACUACAAAAGAGGGCAAUGACAAAAAUGUUGCUUUUGGGAUGAACGUCGAAAGAGCAUGGUCAAAUGGUGUUACUGGUGAAGGAAUCAAUAUAGCGGUGCUUGAUGUCGGCGUUAACACAAACCUUACUGAUCUGAAAAGGAAUAUCAAUAUGGUGCUUGCAAAAAACUUCAUUGACAACACGCAGAAUGUAAUACCAGAGUAUUUUCACAAUUAUCAAGCGGAAUCACUUUACAUUGUUGACCAUGGAAACAGGUGUACAAGCGUUAUUGCUGCUGAGAGAGGAAAUGGAAUGUGUGGUGAUGGCAUUGCGUACGAGGCAAAAGUCGUUCGGUCGUGGGAAACUGGGAUCAAUAUAUGUUGUUCCGGACGGUUCAGAAAAUAUUUCUGGCAGUGGAUUGGCAAACAGUGUAAAUACAAUUACUGUUAAUUAUGUCGGUUUCAAUGGACAACUACCAAAGAGUCCACAAGUUAGUGCGAGCGUAUUGACGUCAGGCCUCGGGGAAGGAAAUAGAAUCUACACCUAUGGUAUUCUGACAUCAACUUUAAACGACAGAUGUAUAAAAUCAUUUAAAGGAGGAUCAGCUGCUGUUGCAGAAUUAUCAGCUAUUAUUGCCCUUGUUUUGCAAGCAAGGCCAGUUCUUACGAUGCGAGACGUUCAGCAUUUAUUGGUUGAAUCAUCAACUUCAAAAGAGCUCGAAGAAUCAAUUAAGUUUGAGAGAAACGCAGCAGGAAAGUUAUUUAUUCCUAUAAUCGGAUUUGGAUUAAUUGACGCUGGUAAAAUGGUUAACCUUUCCAAAUCUUGGACAUUAGUUGAAAACUUGCACAGUAACACAUUACACAGGCUUGGGGAUGUCAGUAAAUACAGGAAUCGUCACAACAAUUUACAAUAUCAUAGCGAAACAAUAACGUAUACAAUAUCUUUUAAGAUGGACGAAAAUAGAUGCGGUCCACAAGUCCAUAAAGUAGAACAUGUCAUUUUAUUUAUGGACUACUACAUUAUAACUCAACAAUCUUUAAUGUUAAAAAUAGUUUCUCCAGGCGGGACACAUUCAAUCAUUGUUGAUAACAAUGAUGACCCAACAUUCAGUACAGAUCAGUCUGAUAGAAAUCUAACCAGUGUUCACUUUUAGGGCGAAUGUCCUAUUGGCACAUGGAUAAUUGUGAGUCAACUUUCUCAAGAAAUAG